ACUCUCCUACAAAGGAAGGAAGUUGGGUUUAACUGCUGUGACCAAACUAAGUUGUUCUCACAUCACCGAGAGGCAGAAUGGACCAAACAUCUCUUCAGUGUCUGCUCUUUCUGAUCUCACUGCUGUGCUGCACAACAAACCAAGCCUCUCUGACUGUGAGUCCCAGCAGCUCUCAGAUGUUUAAAGGAGAUUCUGUCUCUCUGAGUUGUGAGGAGGACGACAGCUCUGCUGGAUGGACGCUGAGGAGGAACACAACCACAGACACCGGAGUUGAGUGUGGAGUUAAAUGGGGAAAAUCAACUGGUUCCUCCUGUAACAUUGGUGGCAUCAACCCACUGGACCGUGGAGUUUACUGGUGUGAGUCCAGAGAGGGAGCAACCAGUAACAGCAUCAACAUCACUGUCACUGGUGGAUCAGUGAUCCUGCAGAGUCCUGUCCUCCCUGUGAUGGAGGGAGAUGAUGUCACUCUGCACUGUAAAACAAAGACCUCCAACCUUCCAGCUGAUUUCUAUAAAGAUGGCUCCCUCAUCAGGACUGAGCCUGCAGGUCAUAUGACCAUUCACCAUGUUUCCAAGUCUGAUGAAGGCCUCUACAAGUGUCACAUCAGCAGUCAUGGAGAGUCUCCACCCAGCUGGAUCACUGUCACAGAGAAACCCACCACCACCUCUCAGUCUACACCCCUCUUUACUCCCACCUCCACCUCCACCUCCACCUCUUCUCAUCUCAUGUUGUUGUCUGUUCCACUUGUCUGUGGUCUGGUUCCACUGGUUCUACUGGUUCUACUGGUGAGACGUUGUGUUCAGAGGAAACUUAAAGCAGCUGAAUUAGAUGUUGGAGAAGAUGACAUCACAGAUGACAUCACAUACAGUGGCAUCAAAAAAUGGUAUCACCAGUCACAGCCAAUCAGACGGAGCAGAGUGUGUUAUUCAGUUGCAGUUUUCUCAGCAGUGAAAACAACAGAAGGACGAAGAUGAGAGAGAGUGAUCCAGCAGCAGUUUACUCAGCAGUGAGACGAACAGAGAUGAGAGUAUGUCCACCAGAGCCAGAGGUUGUCUACUCUUCACUGAGGAAGACCUCCACACCUUCACACCAGUCCAACCACUGAUGUCCAGCUGGCCUGUUACUGGUCUCCAGAGCCCCUCGGGCAAUAGUACAUUCGUUUUUUAAACAUAUUUUAUAUAUUUCAUGUUGUUCUCUCUAAAUUAGACUCAAUAAACAAUGAAAUGUAAAAACUAAAACUAAAAUUA